AAAAAAUUCAUUGCGACAGUCAAAAAAUAUAUUUUUAUUUAUAUAAAUAUCUUAAUUUACAAAGUGUCUUGUUGCGAAUUUUACAAAUAAGACAAGAAUAGUGCUCAAAGUGAUCAAGCUGUCAAGAUUGCAUAGCAAUUAAGGAUGGAAAGCUUCUCAGAAAUUCUUAAUAAUGAUAAUUCAAUGAUUUUGGCUAUAUCAACACAAGCGUUGCUUGAAAACAAUGGAUUGGAUGAUGAAAAAUUUAUUGUGAAUUCAAUAAAGAAAAGACCUCUGGAUGACAAAUUUAAGACUCCAGAAAAUACAGCAAAACGACAGAGAAGGAUCAGAAACACUCCAAAAUCUAUCAAGAAAUGCAGUAGUGCUGAAAAUUAUUUUCUUGAGGAAGAUGAUGAGAUUCCAAACUUGACACAGCAAUUAAUGAGUAUAUUAGAUAAUCAUAGCGAAGGAUCACUGACUCAAUCGACAGAUUGCAUUAAUGAGCUUGUAGGAAGUGAUCAUUUUAAUAUUAUAGAGAAUCCAAUAACUUUAUCUCAGUAUGUCUGUGAGAAAUCAUCAAAUGCUACCGAAAUUUCAACUUCAGAAAUAUCCAGUGCUAAAAAGAAGAAACGAUCGAGUAUGACAAUCAAGCAAAUCAAUGCUUAUGGACCAUUUUUCGGUCUCUCUCAUAGACAAAAAGACUUUUUAUUGCGCUUAAAAGGAAUUCCGAGCCUUUAUGAUUGGCAAGAAGAAUGCUUAAAUCUCAAGUCAAUAGCCGAUAGACGAAAUCUUAUUUAUGCGCUUCCGACAAGUGGUGGCAAGACCUUAGUAGCUGAAAUAUUAAUGCUCAGGGAAGUUAUAUUAAGAAAGAUGAAUGUCAUUUUUGUUCUACCUUAUGUUUCGAUUGUCCAAGAGAAAGUACAAGACUUGAUGCCAUUAGCUGUUGAAUUUGAUUUUCUUGUUGAGGAAUAUUGUUCUGGAAAAGGAUCGAUUCCGCCAGCAAAACGUAGAAAUAAAAGUUCAAUCUAUAUCUGUACAAUGGAAAAAGCUAAUAUCCUACUUGAUAGUUUAAUAGAAUCGAAGAGAAUUAAGGAACUAAGCAUGGUUGUUGUUGAUGAAUUACAUAUGGUUGGAGAUCCUCAACGUGGUCAUGUCUUGGAAUCAUUUUUAGCCAAAUCAAAUUUCGUUGAUGGUAGUCAAAUUCAAGUCAUUGGAAUGUCAGCAACAAUAGCUAAUUUACAUGAAAUCGCAAGCUUCUUAAAUGCAGAUAUUUACACAAGAAAUUUCCGUCCAGUUGAACUCAAAGAAUAUGUCAAAAUUGGAAGUGACUUAAUGUAUAUUGAUCCAAAUCCAUCGUCUAUCUCAGAAACAUUUAAAGUUACUCGAUCUCAUAUUGGAACUGAAUGUCCUGAUAAAUUAUCCAAAAGAGAUCCAGACAGUAUUGGCGUACUAGUGCUUGAAGUUGCGCUUAAGUCAUCAUGCUUAAUUUUUUGUUCAACCAAAAAAGGUUGUGAAAAUGUCGCAAAGCUUCUAAUCGAUAUUCUGCCUAAAGAAAUGAGGACAGUCAAGACAAAUGAGAAGAAAAAUUUAAUUGCGGCUAUAAGAAAUGAUUCGAAUGGAAGUAUUUGUCCACUUUUACUACAAACAAUUCCGUUUGGAAUAGCUUAUCAUCAUUCAGGCUUAACAAAUGACGAACGGAGGCACAUAGAAGAAGCAUUUCGUCUGCAAAUAAUCACAGUUAUUUGUUGCACAUCAACAUUAGCAGCAGGAGUUAAUUUACCAGCUAGUCGUGUAAUUAUUCGAUCGCCUUAUGUUGGUCCACACUUUCUCACAUUAAGUCGAUAUAAACAGAUGAUUGGACGUGCUGGAAGAGCUGGGAAGGCAGAAACUGGAGAAAGUAUUCUCAUUUGUGAUCAAAAAGACUACCAGAAACUAGUCAAUCUUUUAACAUCAAAAAUGGACAGCACGACAAGUGCUUUUAUUAGCAAUAAAUUUUUAUUUCGUUCAUUGGCGUUGGAUUUAAUUGGAACUGGACUUUGUAAAUCUUAUGAAGAUCUAAUGGAAUUUACAAAAUAUUUAUUAUGUCACGUUCAGCAAGAACAAUUUGAUGACAAAUUGAGUGAUGUAAUAGCUAAAAGUGUCGAAGAACUUCUCGUAGAAGGUGCAAUUAUCCAUAAUUUCAAGUCACUUGGAUAUCAAAAGCCAAUCGCUAAAUUCAAGCUGAACAAUGAGGAUGUCUAUUUAUUUCCUGGGGACGAAUUAAGCGUCAGUAAACUUGGAAAAGCAGCUGUAAAUUCUGGAAUGUCAUUGGAAGAAGCUCGAAAAGUGGAAAUGGAUCUUAAAAAAGCCCAUGAAUGCUUAGUGCUGACGGAAUGUCUGCAUUUAUUAUUUAUAGUUGCACCAAAUGAGGCAGUGGAAUCAAGUUUUUUGGAUUAUAAGGUUUACAAUGAAAGUUUUAUGAAACUCUCUGCACCAUUAAUGCGUACAGCAAAUGUUAUUGGAAUAACUGAAAAAACAGCCAUGAAAAUGGUCAUCAAUCCAAAUUUUAAUGAAAAGGAUCUAGCUUUACUAAAAAGAUUUUAUAUUGCAUUAAUAUUGAAUGAAUUAUGGAACGGAAGUGAUGUUUUUACGGUAUCAAGAAUGUUUAAAGUCAAUCGAGGAAUUGUCCAUAAAUUGAUGCAGUCAGCAGCGUCGCAAGCAUACAGUAUAUUUAAAUUUUGUGAGGUUUUUGAUGAAUAUUGGGUAUUUAAAGAAAUUCUUGAGAAAUUUUCUAAGCGAUUGUCUCAUUGCUGUUCUUCUGAACUUUUACCAUUAAUGGAACUUCCUGGAAUCAAGAUCGGACGUGCUAAACUCAUGUAUAAAGAAGGCAUUCGGACAGUUUGUGACGUUGCAGCAUUAACUCCUGAAGAUCUCGUAAAGUCUGUUAAAACAAUAAGUUUGAGGCAAGCAAGACAGGUUGUUAGAGCAGCUAAGCAUGUUGUUGUCGAGGAACUUGAUAAUAUUAAAGGAAAAAUGAUUGAAAUGAUGGAACUGACUAAAACUAAGAAAUGAAAUUGUAUAUACCAUUAAAAUAAUAA